AUGAAUCAAAGCUCUACCACAAACCUGCAGAGACAGCCAUCGUCCUCCCAGUCUCCCGCAAGCAGCCACGACAGCCAUCGUCGCACUCCUUCCUACCACACCUCUUCCAGCUCAUCCCUCGAUCGAUCACCAAACACACCUAGCGGCUCUCAAUUCGGCAACCCAACGUCCCUUGAUGCAUACAGCGAAGCGUAUAGCAAUCGUCACCGAUUUUCGGCACGUCAGUCAUUUGAUGAGAAGACCUCCGAUGAGUUCAAUGCGCAUCCCGGUACAUUGACCCAACUCGACUCCACAAAAGCCUCUGGAUUUCAGAACUCUCUAAGGAGACCCGGUCCGCCUCCGCUGUCCUACACAACUCCGAAUGCGAAGAUGAUGAGCCCAUCUUUGCGCCAGUCCGCAAGCUUCUCUAUUGGCGAUCGAUCAAUCAACAACGUUGCCCCGCCCGACUCCGACGCAGGAACAUCUACGUCAAAAAGAUACUCAGACGAGGCAAGGAAUUCUACGCCAUGGAAGAAAAAGAGUGGCAUUUCCUCUUUCAUAGGCAGUGUUUUGGGUUCCCCACGAUCCAACAGCGUCAAGAUCUCUGCGCCAGAAAACCCAGUGCAUGUUACUCACGUAGGCUUCGACAAUGAGACUGGCCAAUUCACGGGUUUACCCAAGGAGUGGCAGCGGAUGCUACAGGAGAGUGGAAUCUCGAAGAUGGAGCAAGAGAAGAAUCCGCAAGCCAUUGUGGACAUCAUGACUUUCUACAAGGACACUGCCGGAGGUCAAGACGAGGAACAAGUGUGGCACAAGUUCGAUCACGCCAGGGCUGAUGAUCCAUCGGGGUCCGGGUUAAGUCUUCUUACACCUACAAAUUCAGCUCCUCAACAAACUCAUUCGCAUCUUUCCACCAUCACGAGUCCUCCGACAAGCCCUCGUUUCCCUUCAAACCAUGAAACUAGCUUCGAAAAUCCACGAGCGCCUCCGCCCAUUCCUAGAAGCAUGCCAACAGCCAACAAUUUUACGACCGGUCCUCCACCUAUGACUCAGUCGACUCUAGUUGCUCAACGUCCUGCGCCUCGAGCACCCGGCGCACCUACAGCAGCGAAUCUCACGCCUGCUCGAGUCGCACCACAUGCACCGCACGUUGCUAAGGAACCAUUGCCAAUGCAGGGUAGACCAAGCGAUGAGCUGCCAAUACGAAACCGUUCGGUAUCCAAUGCAGCCGAGGAGACAGACCGCGACCUUGGUCUCCAGCGCCAACCUUCAAAAACCCAAACCAAUGGACUUACGCGGCAGACGUCUCGCGCUACUCCCGGCCAAAUCAGUAGCCCAGUUCAGUAUCAGCAGCAACAGGAACACCCUCUUACUCCGGUCCAAAAACCGCUUCAAAGCAAACAAAUCGACAGAAGCCCAAGCCAACGGCAACCACCUCAGCAGCAGCAGAACGCGCCUAUAUCUCCACCACAGCCAUUCUCUCCUACUUCUCCAGACCCGCAGAAUGUUCCACAUCCAACGCAUCAAGCUCGUUCAGGGCCUAACCCAAGGCGACGACCGAACCGGAACACUGGGGGCAUCGAUAUCGUAGCGAGACUCAAUGCCAUAUGUACAACGGGAGACCCUAUGAGGCGGUACAAGAACCUGAAUAAGAUCGGCCAGGGUGCCUCUGGGGGUGUCUACACAGCCACUGAAGUAGGCACUAACAAGUGCGUGGCCAUCAAACAGAUGAAUCUUGAGCAGCAGCCGAAGAAGGAUCUCAUUAUCAACGAGAUCCUUGUAAUGAAAGACAGCAAGCACAAGAACAUUGUAAACUUCAUGGACAGCUACUUGCGUCAAGGAGAUCUAUGGGUGAUUAUGGAGUAUAUGGAGGGAGGCAGUUUGACCGAUGUCGUAACAUUCAAUCUGAUGAGCGAAGGGCAGAUUGCUGCUGUUUGCCGGGAGACAUUAAACGGCCUACAACACUUGCACUCCAAAGGCGUCAUUCACCGAGACAUCAAGUCAGACAAUAUCCUGCUUGCUAUGGACGGCAAUAUCAAGCUCACCGACUUCGGUUUCUGUGCUCAAAUCAAUGAAUCUCAUAACAAGCGCACCACGAUGGUUGGCACUCCUUACUGGAUGGCGCCAGAGGUUGUAACUCGGAAGGAGUACGGCCGCAAGGUAGAUAUAUGGAGUCUGGGAAUUAUGGCCAUCGAAAUGAUUGAAGGGGAGCCACCAUACCUCACAGAAUCUCCGCUUCGAGCCCUGUACCUGAUCGCCACCAAUGGAACGCCAAAGAUUAAGGAAGAGCACGAAUUGUCACAGGUGUUCAAGGACUUCUUGAACUUUGCACUCAAGGUGGAUCCCGAGAAACGUGCAUCUGCCCAUGACCUCUUGAAGCACCCAUACUUAUUGACCGCGGAGCCCCUGAUCAAUCUGGCUCCAUUGGUACGAUCAGCUCGUACCAGCCGGGCCGCGGAGAGAGCCCAGAAAGGUUCUUGA